AUGGCUCCUGUUUCGCCUGACCAUGAGCUUUCCGAUGGAGAGCGCCACGCUGAUAACGAGUUCCUGGCCUUGUGCCUCAAGUGCGUACGUGCUGGCGACAAGAAGGUCGACCUCAUUGAGCUGGCCGAGGCUCUGGGCUACUCCAACGUCAAGUCUGCCGGAAACCGCUGGGGUGCUAUGAAGAAGAAGUACAACCUCCAGCUCGAUGGCACCACUGUGCCUAGCCUGACCACCACCAGCCAGAGCCCGAGCAAGGUCACCAAGACCCCUCCCAAGAAGCGUGCCCAUCCCGUCAAGCGCGCCAAGCGUGCCCUCGAGACCGACGAGGAGGACGACGACAAGGAGAACACCAGCAACCAGGAGAUGCCCUCUGAUGCUUAA